GUCAAUGUUGAUUGAGGAUGAGGAACGAGAAGAACCGUCAUUAAGUGUAAAAGCCAUUAUCAUCUUGGAGGAGCUUGAGAAGGUUUCAAAGGUGAAGAAUUUGAAGAAAGAACGAAAGAAAACGCGCUUCCAUGAAGAGAGGGAAGUGGGUGUCCAGAUUUUGGUGUCUGAUACGGGGUGGGAUGCCGAGACAUAUUCAUCAUCAGAAAGCUUUUUCUUUGAGCUUUCUGAUAGAUUAUUUGGGGUGUAUAAAGCGUAG